UUAAACGAGAUACUGGUUGUAGGCUAUGUUUUAAUUUCUAUUGCGAGAGACAAGAACAGCUAAAAGGGAAGCAUUUCGCCGAUCAGAGAGUAAAAGGGAACAAUACAAUAAUAACAACACGGAGUUAUCGAGACGCUGAGGAGUUAGGAACAUUUCUCCAGAAAAAUUAUGCCGUCAGUACCUGCUACUCCGACAAUGGCCUACUUGAAUGUAACAACAGGUUUUCCGAUGAAUGCCAAUACGACCAACAUAACCGGACAAUUUAUCCCUCGUUUCGUUUCACAAUCGGAUGCCGAGGGUAGAUUGGAACGUCAGCUUGCCAUUUCCUUGACUCUUUGUUUGCUUGCAGUUUGUGCAAACAUUCUCUCAAUAGCAGCGGUGUUGCACAUUCCGGGACGAUGGAACUAUAAUAACCUGUUGAUUAUAAAUCUAUCUGUUGCUGAUGCAUUCGGUGCGAUAUCGCACCUUUUGGAUGUCGUUAGCAGAUGUUUUAUUAUGUGGUAUAGUCAGCGAGUACCAACAGAGGCUAUUAUGUAUAUCAUAAUGAGCGGCAUUGUAUUUUUCGUUUUCUUUUACUUUGCUUCGGCACUGACACUCCUAGUAGCGGCUAUUCAUAGAUACAUAGCGAUUUGCUCACCGUUGAGCUACAAUGACUUGUGUACGAAAAACAAAACCUUGAUUGCCCUAGUUUGCAUAUGGUGCGUCUCGGGGCUAUUUGCACUACCAGGAUACUGUGCAACUGCGUACGCAUAUUCUGGUAAAGAUGACAGCUGUUACAUAUGGAAUUACGUAUGGCCACCACCCAUCGUAGCGAUCGUUUUCUCAAUGGUUAUUUUGUAUUGCAUGGUCAUUGUGCGCCUGCGCAGACGAGCCGCCAUAUUGCGCUCCGAGCACCAAGUGGAACAGAACUAUCAAUGGUUCCUUAGCACUGUUAUUAUGGCAUCGAUUCUGGUAAUAUCAUUCAUUCCCUACGUUUUAACCAAGGUCCUUCGGAUACACUUUAGCCGUCAAAUGGAUAUUGUGUACAGUGAAUUUCUGUACUUUUUCCCGUUCUUCCAUUUCAUAAUUGAUCCGCUGGUUUAUGGAUUGAGGACAAAAGAUAUGAAUGAAGGCUACCAGCAAUUAUCAUCAAGAGUACUUAGAUGGAGAAGUUCACGGCAUUCUACUAACAACCAUAGCAAUACGCCAUCAUCCGUAUCAAGAUCUACCCAAAGUACUCCGUUUCCAUGUUACAACUAUGAACAAAGUACCACAAUAGUGAGAAAACCAACUCAUGAUGACGUCACUAUGGAAACGGAUGUUUAGAAAAAAUCCAGCAGUUUAGAAAUCAAACCAUAGUCAUGAUGACAGGAAAAUAAUGUUUUAAUAUAAAUUAAUAAAUACGAUUUGAUCACCAACUCAAGGAUGUUUAAUGGAAAUAUAGAUCUAAAGUAUUCACGACGACAUUAAUACAUAAUUGCAAGUUAUCGCGGGAAAGAGGUAUCCUAUUAUAUUGUAUAUAACCUUACCCUGCGUGCAGAGUCUAGUUAAACUACAAGACGAAGCUCUCUUUUAAGAAGUGAAGUCAAACGAAUGUAAAGGGUAAUAUAACCUUUGAUUUUUAGUGAAAAUUUGUGCUCAGCGUCUUUUGUAAAUUAUAUGAUAUGUAGAGAUAGUAAAACGAAAACGUAUUAAGUGAGAACAAAUCUCUGAAAGUAUUCAGAGUGUUGGGUGAAGAACGUACAAAAUUUGUGCCUAAGACUGUAUUAUUCGUUUAGAGGAAAUACGCUUUUCUGUAUUUAACGAGAAAUCAUUGAUAACGUAAACAUUUUAAUAUCAAAUGCUAUUUUAUCUCGACAAAUAUAUGACUAGGCGACAGCAAGGGAGAUAAUCAUACCAACGACGUCAGUGUCUUAUAUGGAUUCCGUAUAUCAUGUUGCAGGUUGCUCUGUAUUAGGAGGGUUAAGGAAAACGUUUUACUUGUUCGCGGUCUUCUUGGAGUUAAUUCUCCCCUUCAUAAUAUUUAGUUGCCCCAUUGAGUAUGAAGGUAUAACAAGAGUUUUUAUCCAUAGGUUUCUGAAAAACCAUUGAGAGGGGGAGUGGGCAAAUUCCUUUAAAACGUGAAAUGAUAAUCUUAGAUUAUCCGUAACACAUGAUCUCUCAGAAUUGUUGAGAAUAGAACAGCAAAACGUUAAGAGAAAACAUUGUGGGCAUGUAUGUUAUUAAUGUUGUAUUAAAGAGACCAGCAUCAUAUCACCCUGAGAAAAAUGGUUCGUCUGAGCGAGCGAAAUGUGAAAUUGUAAGUGUACGUGUCUAAUUCCAGUCGAUCAGAGCACGCUAUUUCACAUACCUGCAUUGCAAUAUAAUUCUCUAAUGCACUCAAGUUCAUUUUUAGAUUCUAGUGAAACUAAUGAAACAGAUAACUGAUAAAUUCUAAAG